AUGUCGGGCGGCUCGGAAGCGUCGUCCCUCACGUGCGGCGUCGUGGGCGUUCGAGACGACGCGCCCGUCGACCGCGCGAGCGAAAUCGAGCCACAGCCGCUAGCACGGGAUAAGAGCUUCGACGCCGCGAAGAGGCGAAGAGAACAAGACGCGCGCAACAAGCGGGAGAAACGAGCGCGCGCGGCCGCGGGGAUCGUCGAAGUAGUUGUACCAAAGAAGAAAAUGAGCGCCGCGGAGAGAUACAGGGCUAAUCGCGAGCGCAUGACGAUCGCUCAGAGAGUGGUUUAUCGUAGGAAGGACGCCGCGUCGCAUCGAGCCAGGUAUACAUCGACAUACGUUCGAGACGACAUACUUUCGAAGCUCGAGCCCGUCGCGCACGGUCUCGCGAAAGAAGAAGCCUGGUCACUGUACAAGUAUAUACGAUCAACCUUCCCGAAAGAAGAAUCGGGCGUGCCGGACGAUCACGAGGAGACGACGGCAGCGGCGGCGGACGUCGUGAUGACCGAGCCGAGCCGGGCAAAGUCCUUAAGGAUCGGCGCGCGCCCCGCCAACGCGGUCGUAUGGGGACCAGUCAGCGUGAUGACCGAGCCGGUGAAAAAGACGAGAGAUGCGCCGGCAAAAGUCCUUAAGGUUCGGCGUUCACCCCGCGAACGCGGUCGUAUGGGAACCAGUGUAGACGUCCCCGCCGCCUUCGCGACGGCGGCGGCGGACGCGUGCCAGCACCAGAACGUGUUGGCACCAGUGAAGAUGGAGGCGGACUACGAUAACUACGAUAAGCAACAGAAAGAGUCGCAGUCGCAGUCGAAGGAUGGACUCGUCGCGCGUUCGGACGUGGGGUCGCUCGCGCCCGCGACGCUCGAGCCCGGGAGCGUCUUGAUGACCGCGGAGACGUACUGCGCGCUGCUGAUUCGACGCGGGUUCACGCCGCUCGUGUCCGGGGAGCGAUGCCCGCGCGUGGAGGGGAUAGCGGCGACGGUGUAG